AAUGAGCGUGCGCGCCGCGAGGGUGCCGGGUGCUGCGGCGCCUGAAAAGGGAUCGGUGCGCGGGUGGGGAGCGCUCCCCAGGUUCGGUGUUGGUUGGGCCGGUACCAGAGGGUGCCGCUGCGGGAGGAACUCAGGAGCCCGGUCGAGGCUGCCCCGGAAAUGCUUUCUGCCGGCACAAACAUGGCUGCGGCCCUGCGAGCUGCAGGAGCCUUGCUCCGCGAUGGGAUGGUGCAUGGCAGCUCGAGGGCCCGUCAGCCAUGGAGGUGUCAGUUGGGUACAGCGGCAGCGGCAGGCACCACAGAGAAGGCCCAACAGUCUAAGAGUACAAAACCUCAAGCUCAACUGGAAAAGAGGAAGCCAAAAACCGGAAUAUUAAUGCUAAACAUGGGAGGCCCUGAAACUCUUGGAGACGUUCAUGACUUCCUUCUGAGGCUCUUCUUGGACCGAGACCUCAUGACACUUCCUAUUCAAAAUAAGCUGGCACCAUUCAUCGCCAAACGCCGAACCCCCAAAAUUCAAGAGCAGUAUCGCAGGAUUGGAGGUGGAUCCCCCAUCAAGAUGUGGACUUCCAAGCAAGGAGAAGGCAUGGUGAAACUGCUGGAUGAGUUGUCCCCUAACACAGCUCCUCACAAAUACUAUAUUGGAUUCCGGUACGUCCAUCCUUUAACAGAAGAAGCAAUUGACGAGAUGGAGAGAGAUGGACUAGAAAGGGCCAUUGCUUUCACACAGUAUCCACAGUACAGCUGCUCUACCACUGGGAGCAGCUUAAAUGCCAUAUACAGGUACUAUAAUGAGAUGGGAAAGAAGYCCACGAUGAAGUGGAGCACUAUCGACAGGUGGCCCACACAUCCCCUCCUCAUCCAGUGCUUUGCAGACCACAUUCUGAAAGAACUGGACCAUUUCCCACCUGAGAAGAGGAAUGAGGUGGUCAUUCUGUUUUCUGCUCACUCACUGCCAAUGUCUGUGGUCAACAGAGGGGACCCCUAUCCUCAGGAGGUAGGCGCCACUGUCCACAAAGUCAUGGAGAGGCUGGGUUACUCCAACCCCUACCGCCUGGUUUGGCAGUCCAAGGUUGGUCCAGUGCCCUGGUUGGGUCCUCAAACAGAUGAGUCUAUCAAAGGACUUUGUGAGAGGGGGAGGAAGAAUAUCCUUUUGGUCCCAAUAGCAUUUACCAGUGAUCACAUUGAAACACUGUACGAACUGGAUAUCGAGUACUCUCAAGUUUUAGCCAAGGAGUGUGGAGCUGAAAACAUCAGAAGAGCGGAGUCUCUUAAUGGAAAUCCAUUGUUCUCUAAGGCCCUGGCCGAUUUGGUGCUCUCUCACAUCCAGUCCAACAAGCUGUGCUCCAAGCAGCUGACUCUGAGUUGUCCACUCUGUGUAAAUCCUGUCUGCAGGGAGACUAAGUCCUUCUUCACCAACCAGCAGCUGUGACCCUGCUAGAGGAGCCCGUGGGAUUAGGCAGAUGGCCAACAUCCAGACACCACUGUGUGGAGGGGAUGCUGUUCAGAGAUUGGAAAGAAGCCAUUUUAGUGGAUACACAGCCUUUGGGCACAGACUGUGUGAUUUGCUGAGAAAUGGACUCUGAAAUCCUUACUGAAGGACUUAUAUUUUCAUAAACCCGUAUCAGUAGCAUUUGUAAUCCCUCUUUCUGGGUAAAUUUACUAGUUUGUAACAUCCCCUAUGACAUUAAAAAAAUGAGUUAAAAAAUUUAUCUGAUGCGAUACAUACCAAUUUAAAAUACGUGAGAUUGGUUUAUAGCCUUGUGCAUACAGGUUUUUAAAUGAAUAUAGUUGAGUUUAUGCAGUAUCAUUUGAAAAAGCAAUAUUAGCUAAACUUUCCCUAAACCCAUAGGUUAUGGAACGUCUCUGAGAUGGUCUGGUUUCCUUCCAUGGUUGCCAUUGCUAGUGAGGCCACCAGUUUUUGGUCAUGUAGGUGUCUGCAUGAGAAUCUCUCUCUCCACCCUGAAACUGAAUCAAAUGCAAAUUUCAGAAGUGUUCUGAGAUUCCCUAAGCACAUAAGGCUAAUAAAUGUGUAGAAAUCAGUGUUUGGUAUAUCUGCCUUGGUUUGAAUCCAUGGUGCCUUAGGGAAGGGGACUCCCGCUGCUUCCUGUCUCUGAGGACAUCACUGCCAGGAAACACUGCUGAUGGGCUCCCUCUUGAAAUCUGCCUGGAGCCUUUCCAGCUGGUAGCUUCUUGAUCUUAGUUGAAUGUCUCCUUUCUGCACAUUUAAGAAUUAUUUUAUCAAGUUGACUAUAUUUUGUAACCUUGGAUUCUUUCUUCAUUGAUAAUUUUAUUAUAGAAAUAUAUAGCCAUAGAACAACUGAAAAAUACAGAAAGGAGAMAUAACCCCUUGAAUGCAACAACUAUUAUCAUCUUAUUGUAUUUUAUGCUAGUCUUUUCUGUGGAUAUUUUCAAUGCCAUUGUCACCUUGAAUUUGUGAGUGAAAAGUUGUUCUAAAAAUGUAGAAAUAAUAUCGGAUCAGAAUCUGAUCUUCUAUAGUUGGAUUUAAAUGGCUUAAAAACUCUGAUGGAUCUAUGAAGCAUUUAUACUGAUCACUUUUUCUUCCUCCAAGCCCCCAAACUUUGUUCUUCAAAAGAGCAUUUCUUUGAUUAUUUUUUAAAAGCCAGUUCAUAAAAUGGAAGUGAUUAGGGAAUUCAUAGAUCUUCUAUAUUCAGGAUCUGCUGUUAAUAAAUAUUAUGACAUCAUUAAAGUUUUAACCAGUUUGAUCCAUGCUGUCUGUUAAAAUUGAUCAAAAUGAUUAAAUAUGAGGAAUUUACUUUGUAAUACAGAGAAAGAUAUACUCCAACUGCUCAAAUCGUUUUCCUAUACUGAUAAUGGCCCUCAAAUUUGAGUAACAUCUAACUCUUUCAUUUCCAAAUUGUCUUUUUUAUUCGCUGGAAGUUUCUAGGGAAAGAUAGAAGGCAUAGAUAUUGGGAAUUUCCCGAUAUCCUUUUCCAUCACCUUUUUAGGGAUUAGGUUCAAAGCAGACUGUGAGUGACUGUCCCACRGUGGAAUGAAUUCUCUGGGUUAGUAAUGCUGCCUGGUGUUGGAAGGCAGCUUCCCUCAUAGCCUUUCUCCCUCCUUCAGGAUACUGGCUGAUGAUCCGUGUCACUCCUUMAACUGCUUUAAAGGUGAAAAUAUAUUACUGUGGAGAUGUAGAAAGUUUUGACACAGGGGACCCCUUGCUAGGGCAUCUGAAGCCCCUCAUUUGCUAAGGAAACUGCAGAUCAGCACUGAYUGUGCUGUUUGGAAUAAUAUUCUUAGUACUGAGCUGGAAGCAGGUUGGCCUGUGUAGUGAGAGGCCAGGUGGUUUGGGAUCACCGCCCAUGGCAUUUGUUGCUUUAAUUGUUAUCUUUGACUCUUAACCAYGAAUGCAUAAGAGCCAUACAUGGAUGUAGAAUUUGGUAGGACAAAAUCUCUUUAGAGAUAAUAGUCUUUGAGGCUUGUUAUUCUGUUUGUCAACUUUGAAGUACAAAUGUUUGCCCUGGUAAUUUGCAAUGAACUGAAGGCAGUUUCUUCAAGCUGUGCUAUGUACUGACCUGGCUUUUAAUUGAUGAGUCCACUUCUAUAGAGUACUUGCAGGGGGCUGCAUUGGUGAGGCAGGUUGGUUUACCUGGACAAUUCAAAGGACUAGGAUCACAUGGUGUAGAGAGGAGGAAAGAGCUCUACUAAAAAAAAAAUAUGCAUUAAAGGAAAUUUUUGCAUUGAGAAAUUAACCCUUGAAGUGUGAAUCAAUGGUGAAUUGAUGCUGAAUAAAUAGUAAAAAUCCAA